UUCGUUGCAGAGCAAUUUUCAUAUCCAUUGGCUACAUGGCCACCCCCUUCUGGAUCCUGCACGCAAACAUGCAUUCCCUCCCGGGACUCCGAAUGUCUCCCUGAAGAGUGUCUGUACUCGCUUCCCGCCUUCAUCCUCGUUGCUUAUCGGUGUGUGAGUGUAUCGAGGGUGGGACCAGGCUCCCAGGUCCCCGCGCUCACUGCGGUCACGCCGGGUAGACCAACCGAUCGUAUUUCUUUUCUGGUCCUGGCAAUACAAAGAAGGUCUGCGUGAUCAGAGUCAAGGUUGCCCAACGCCUUUUUCUGACGACUCAACACCAGCGCGACAAUCUACAAGAGCAAAAGGAACACCUGUCAACAUUAAGGACGCGCCUUCUUGCUCUCUUUCUCUCUUUCAUUCUCCAUCGAGCACGAUCGGAUCCAUCCCGACUAUCAGCAAGGAAACAAACGGAAUUUCUGACAGAGCCAUGGCCUCGUGGGUGAACCACACCUCCGCGACGAUGCAGAGCCACGCUCCAGCACGUCGCUCAGGACCCUCCGGAUCCGAACGUGCCUCGCCUGUACCCUCUAACUAUUCCACACGCGGUUCCAAUCGCCAACAGAUCCAACCCCAGCAACAACAACAGCCGAUCCAACCUCAGCAUCAUCAACCUCAGUACCACCAACAGCAUCAGUUCAAGGUAUACCAGCCUCAAACGCAGCAACAACAGCACACACAUCCCUCCGCCAUGCCUAUGCAGCCACGUUAUCCCGUGCACGCUACACCGGCUGCUGGAGCUCCAUAUGGGUACAGUGCUCAGUACAACACUACAGCGAACGCAAAUUCAGCCUCUAGGAUGGCCAACGCUUUUGGAACCUUUAGCACCUAUGCUGCAAGGAUACGGGAGGCAAACAGCGCCUUAAUCUUGCCGCCUGCACUGGGACGGCGUGCCAAGCGAGCCGUGGUAUCGAUGGCAGAGAGUGAUGAUGACGAUUGGGAUUUUGAUGACUCGCCUCGCAGCACACCGACUAGGCAUCAGAAGCAGCAGGCCUUGUUAGAAAAGGAGAGGAUGGAGAAGGAGAAGAAGACAUGGGCACGUCGCCCCCGAAAGACGCGUCAUGUCUUCAAUUCGCAAAGGGACUUGGAGGCGGUUGCAGAUCAGGAUGCGAUUUUGGUCCCCAUCCGCCUGGACAUUGACACAGACGAUCACCGACUGCGCGAUACAUUUACCUGGAACGUGAACGAGCAGCUGCUGACGCCAGAGAAAUUUGCAGAGAUUCUGUGCGAUGAUCUGGAUUUGAGCACCACAAAGUUCGUCCCCGAGAUCGCACAGUCGAUUCGGAAUCAGAUCGCAGAGUUUGAACCAGUCGCGGAGGUCCAGGUCCCCACCGAAGGAUCUAGAGUUGUCAUUCAGCUGGAUCUGCAUGUUGGAGGCAUCAAUCUUCGGGACCGUUUCGAGUGGGAUGUAGGCUCGGACUUGACGCCAGAGGAGUUUGCGAGACAGUUGGCGGCGGAUUUGGGUAUUGGUGGUGAAUUCGUUUCGAUGAUCGCACACGAGAUUCACGAGCAGCUCUACCGCUUCAAGCAGGAUCGAUUACUAGAUCGAGGAUUCGAGCCAGAACCGCUUUAUUCAGGAUUCCGUUUUGCUGACGAAGGCGAGAGCUGGAGCCCAGCUCUUGAGACACUCACCACGGAGGAGUACGAAAAAAUUUUGGAGGACAGGGAGAGGAGUAUUCGACGAAACCGAAGAGCGACAUCCAGUUUUACGAAGCGUCGCGGUGCCUCGUCGUACAGCGUACCAGGCUAUCAGAGCAGAAUCACAAAACGUGGUCGAUUGACUCAGCGACAUCAAGCCAUGAACAUGGACGGCUACAAGGACUGGCAGUGCCAGCAAUGUGGGCUAGGCGCAUAUUCGACCUUUAUGUUACGUUCGGGACCUGGAGGCGAAAAGACGCUGUGCAACACCUGUGGACUCUAUUGGGCCGUCCAUGGAGGUCUCCCGGAAGAUAGGAAGGAUCUGUUCAGGUUCAAGACUGAGAAGGAAUCGACGACUGCGGCUCCAUCGACAGUUACUACGCCCUCGGCUACUACGAUUGCGACACCCCCAACGGAAGCACCAGUGGAUUCAGCCAUGGAGUCAACACCAACGCCUGUUGGCGUAUGAGAGCUCUAGAGGAUGCUGCCAUGCAAUCCUUUUUUUCUUAGCUUUUCUCGACUAUUUCAUUGUAUGCAUCGUAAUCUGCUACAAU